AUGGCUACCGUCGCCGCGCUAAGUAAUGGACGCGCUAGUUUGAUCAAACGCGUGGAAGCUUUAGUGAAUCUAUCGCAACAAGCCAGAGUCCACGAAACUGUACGAGGAGAGUUUUUUAUUCGAGCUGCGAACUUAAACCAUAUUGUUGCCCAGUUUGAGCAGCGACAGUUGCAAAUUGUCGAAUUAUGCACCACCCCUGAGGAGCUAGACGAACAAUACGAGGUGCAAUCAAGAUUUGACGAUAUGCAGUAUUCAAUUAAAUCGGUUGCAGCGGAAUUAAAUCGCGAGGCCGCGCAGUCAUCCGCACCCAGGGGCAAUUUAACAUCAAACAACGUCAAAUUGCCCAAAAUUCAAAUUCCGACGUUUGACGGUCAGAUCAAAAACUGGCCCACAUUUUAUGAUUUGUUUCGGUCGCUUAUCCACAAUAACCCAAAUCUUAGCGCAAUUGAAAAAUUUCAAUAUUUGUCGACGUCAUUGUCUCGCGAGGCGUCUACCGUCAUCAAAAAUUUGCCGAUUUCGGCGGCAAAUUAUGCUAUCGCAUUCGAUGCGCUGGUGGCGCCUUAUAACAAUAAGCGCGUAUUAUUGACAAAUUAUUGGCAAGCGAUCUAUAGUGCACCCAAAGUGAAUGGAGAUUCGCCGAGUUUGUUGCGAAAUUUGUUAAACGUGUUCUCGGAAAAUUUGGCCGCGUUGAAGCAGUACGAUGAAGUCGAUUUGUGGGACUUCACCUUGUUAAAUUUAAUGUUACAAAAACUGGACACCACGUGGAAACAGAAAUUUGAGUUGAGUAUUGUAGGAAAUUCCGUACCUGCUUACAAUGACCUCCAAGAAUUUUUGCUUAAACAUUGUACUGCGUUGGAAACUUCCGUUAUGACAAUGGGUCAUAAUUCCACAUCCGCCCUUCAUAAACCCACAGCUGCAUCUUCCGUACCUGCUAAGCGUCCCGUGACGUCAUCGUUUGUCACGCGAUCACCAAUCAGCAAGGAACAAUGUCUUAAUUGUUCAGAUGAGCACCCAUUAACGAAAUGCGAUGCUUUCUUAGAAAUGGAACCACGGGAUAGACAUACUUUCGCGCCAAAUGCCCAUCUAAAAGUCGGGAGAGGCGUCAGGGGUUCUACCGACGACGGUGUCAAAGUUAUGACUAACGCGAUUCCGACCCGUAGUUUCAUUCUGCUGGCGACCGCGCAAAUAAUUGUGGUGGAUUCGCGAGGUAAAUACCGUGCAUUUAGGGCGCUUUUGGACACUGCCAGCGAGGCCACCUUUGUCACAGAGCGCUGUGCAAAGGUUUUAGGGCUUCCUCAAACUAACGCGGUGGUACCUAUUCAAGGCUUAAAUCAAAUGUCGACAAGCAGUACGUCGGGUGUAUUAAAAUGCGAAGUGCGGUCGCAUUUAGUGCGUAAUUUCUCGUUGAAGGCCGAGAUGGUAGUUGUGCCUCAAAUUUGCGGUGACGUCCCCACAAUGGCAGUGUCUCAAGAUCAGUUGAGACAAUUUCGUCACCUACGCAAUUUGGAAUUGGCUGACCCGGAAUUCGGUACACCACAGCAGGUAGACGUUUUGUUAGGUGCUGAUGUUUACGGACAAAUCGUUACAUCCGGUUUCAAGAAAGGUAGGCUCGAGGAACCGUCCUCGUUAAAUACUGUUUUCGGUUGGGUACUGAUUGGGGGUAUUAAACGUGAUAAGCAGAAAACCGUGGUCAGGUCGUUUUGUACGUCCAUAGAUAACUCGUUAGACGCGGCGUUAAAACGCUUUUGGCAGCUUGAGCAAGUGCCACAACGCAUUAUGGCGGCCCCGCAGGACGUUUUGUGCGAAGAAAAAUUCACGUCGACGAUUUCACGCGACAUCAAGGGGAGAUAUGUUGUUCAAUUGCCUUUCGCAGACACGUCGCCGUCUUUAGGUCGCUCGUUUGAUUCGGCGAUGCGCCGUUUCCUCGCCCUGGAGGCGCGCCUCUUUCGAGACAAGUUAGCUCGGCAAUCAUAA